AGAUCGGAACAGGGGUUGGAGACAACAGUGUGGGAGUCUUGGGAAGAGAUGUGUGCUUUUUAGGGGUGGUGAUGCGUUUUAAGUUGCGCGCUAUGGUGCCUACACGCAAAUCCUCUCCCGCUACUUUAGUUUUUCACUUCAGUGGAUAGGAUCGGAUCCGUGAAACAAACCAAGGCGUUCGCUAUAUUCGAGGAGGAAGGGGGUGGAGGAGGAAGGGAGAGGAGGGAUGGCAGCUCCACAUAACGGAUCCAACAUAACGGCAAACUACACCAACCAGUUUGUGCAGCCGCCGUGGCGCGUCGCUCUCUGGUCUGUCGCCUACAGCUCCGUGCUGGCGGUGGCGGUGUUUGGAAACCUCAUCGUGAUAUGGAUCAUUCUGGCGCACAAACGAAUGAGGACGGUGACCAACUACUUCCUGCUAAACUUGGCGUUUUCGGACGCGUCGAUGGCCGCGUUCAACACUUUGAUAAACUUUAUCUACGCUGCCCACGGGGAGUGGUACUUCGGAGAGGCUUACUGCAAAUUCCACAACUUCUUCCCGGUCACGUCUGUGUUCGCAAGCAUCUACUCCAUGACCGCGAUAGCUGUGGACAGGUACAUGGCCAUCAUCCACCCUCUGAAGCCUCGUCUGUCAGCCAAAGCCACCACAGGAGUGAUCGUCUGUAUCUGGAGUCUGGCUGUGGUCCUGGCCUUCCCUCUCUGCUACUUCUCCACAACCCGAGCUCUGCCCAACAGGACCGUCUGCUACGUGGCCUGGCCCAACAUGAGCGACGACCCUUUCAUGUAUCAUAUCAUAGUGUUUGUUCUGGUAUACAUGCUGCCUUUAGUGGUGAUGGGCAUCACUUACACCAUCGUUGGGGUUACGCUGUGGGGAGGGGAGAUCCCAGGAGACACAUCUGACAACUAUCAUGGGCAGCUCCGGGCUAAAAGGAAGGUGGUGAAGAUGAUGAUCAUUGUAGUGGUGACCUUUGCCCUCUGCUGGCUGCCCUAUCAUGUCUUCUUCCUCGUGACGGGGCUCAACAAGCGUCUGAGCAAGUGGAAGUACAUCCAGCAGGUUUACCUGUCAGUGCUGUGGCUGGCAAUGAGCUCCACCAUGUACAACCCCAUCAUCUACUGCUGCCUCAACAGCAGGUUUCGAGCUGGCUUCAAGCGUGCAUUUCGUUGGUGCCCAUUCAUCAAGGUGUCCAGCUACGACGAGCUGGAACUACGCUCUACACGGCUGCAUCCAACACGCCAGAGCAGCAUGUACACGCUGUCACGGAUGGAUACCACCAUGGUGGUGGUUUACGACCCGGCAGAGGGCGGCGACGGCGGCGUUGGCUCCGGAAGGAAGCACUCCCUGUCUACGAGGAAGAAGAGCUACGUCACGUCUCGUCACACAGAGAUUGCUGGAUGCAACGGUGGCGGUGUGAAAACACAAAACGGAGGCCCACCCAGCGCUCAACCCGAGGAGUUCUGUUAAGCAGCAUUUCCACAGACAUGCAUACUACAUGAUAACAUACAGGCAUGUGCAUGUAAAGAAUUUUAUACACAUGUGUAAUACAUUGUACAUACAAACAGUGCACAUGGUGUUUGCUUAAUUCAUACAUAGACGCCAAGGUUGAAGGAUUACUGAUAAUGUGCAAAAAAUGAACAGCUGUUGAUGGAGAUUAUUGAAUAUAUUACCCUCAUGUAUAGUUUUCAUUUUGAAGAUAUUCUGCAGUAUGGAUGGAUUACUGAACGGGCACAGGCCCAGGGGCCCAAGGGCUCAGGGGCCUGCACUGCCUCUGUUUGAAGUGACUACUAGUACAGUCACACAGCUCAGUCAAAGAUAGGGAUAUCUCUUGUCCUUUGAUAUUGGAAAUGUGCCAUUCUGAGAGUCACCCAGGAUUCAUUUUACUAUAUUUGUGUUCAUUUUUUCCUUACAUUAUACAGCUGAACAGUACUUAGAAUAUAUUAAAUAACCUGAAACAAGUAAAGCAAUUUAAAUAUGUUUAACAACAGAAUUGCUCCACUUUAAGAAAAUAUAGUAUUAUAUAGUAAAUAAUGAAAUAGUAUUUUGUAUGGCAUGUGUGGAGAGGAGUGUCAGUGUGGUUCUGCUGUGGCUGGAAGCUUUGAGAAAUAUUCAUGCCGCUUGUUUUCAUCAACAGCAUGAAUAAACUCCUGGACCAGAACCAGAGGAAACAAGGCAACAUACUCCAGGAAAAGACACAAAAUGAAUUGUAGUGCCAGGGGUCUAUUGUCCCAUAAUUCAUCCAUGCUUCAGGAGCAGCCUUAACAACAUACAAGGUGAGCAAUGCUUACCUUGAAGAGUGUAAUCAACUAAAUUUCAGGUUAUUUCCCUUGGAGUUAUACAUUGAAGUUUUCCUCUUAUCCAGUCAGGGUUCCUCUGUAUGAUACUGUUCCUUCUUCAGUCAGCUCUGAUUGUGAUUAGCAUUUAAACACAGUCAGUGCACCGGUGUUUUGUUAAGGUCUUGGUCCGAUGCUUCAGUCAGUAGAUAAUGAAAUUAAUCAGUUCUGCUUGGAGGUACACUAUUAAAAUAUAACCAUGGAAUGGUGAGACCCUCUAACUAUGGUGAUAAAAUACAUCAUGGCGAUUGUAAUUAUGUAAGUAUGUCAUAGUUUACAUCAUUUCCAUCUGUAAGUAUU